AUGGAGAGAUUUAAGGCCAGGCUGGUGGCCAAAGGCUAUAUCCGAAAGGAAGGGUUAGACUACAGUGAAACUUAUUUACCUGUAGCUAAAAUGGUGACAGUUAGAUCUAUUAUUUCCCUUAUAGCUUCAAAAUCCAGGUACAUCUUUUCAGCCUCGGUAUUAGCGCGUGAGUUACCUACUUGGAGAGUUCAAGAUACAUCUGCUCGCGUCCGCAGUGGUCAGGUGAAGGGUAUUGGUGGGGAGAAUCCUGGACUAUACAUUCUACAAGGAGAAGCAUUUCAUAACUCCUCCACAAAGUAUGUUGAAAAGUGUCUCAAUUCAAUUGGUGUAUCUUCUGAUUCUGAGUCUAGUUCUAGCUCUAGUACUACUGUUAAUUCUAGUACUUGCUCCACUAGUAAUCUGUGGAAUAAAAGGUUGGGCCAUUCCCCUGUAGAUAUAAUAAAAAAAGCUCAAUCUUACUCUGCAUGUAAUGAACCUCAAUCAUUCUUAGAGGCAUCCAAUGAUUCUAAAUGGGUGGAUGCCUUGAAGCUUGAUAUAGCAACGCUAGAAGACAAUCACACCUGGAGUAUUAUGGAUUUGUCUCCUAGGAAGAAGCUUAUUGGUUGCAGAUAG